UGCUGUGCAUCAUUCGUUGGACUGAAGGAUAACUAUUUGCAGCGACACUGCACGUACAAGCAACGUUUGUUGACGUUGUCGUUUUCGGAAGAUUGACGCGACGAGAUCUAGGAGAAUGAACAGUAGCACGAAAAGUGCUGAUUAAAAAAAUAUAAUAUCUGCCUAUUCGCAAAUAGACUUGCGAUUAAAAUAUAUUCCUUGAAUCGGGAUUAUGUAAGUGUACUUGCGUGCGUAGAGGAGAAAUUUCAUCGGAAAACUGUGAAGCUGUGCGUUCCAACUAAACAUAUUUCUGCCGUUCAGCCACUCCUUUUCAAGGUGACGGCAACGCGUGAACGGUCGUUGCACGCUGACCGUGACAGUGACGUGACGUAAAAAGUGAAAGAUGGUAGAAUACAGGUCGGCGUUCUCCGGAUUCUUCAAAGAGCGCUUCAAAGCUAAAAUCGACACCGACGAGGUGGAAUUCGAAAGAGGUGCGCAGAAAGUCGAUGCGCAACGAGCGGGCAAUUCUCUUUCGAGUUCGAACCGCUCGGUUGGACGGAGGGAACCAUACGGUUGCUCGUGCGGGUCCGAAUAACACCGUAUUUCGUGUGGUCCGAGGAGGUCUCGAGAGAAGACAGAGGGAAAAAGGUCGGCCGAAAGAAAAAGAUCGUCAGUGUCGAUGAAUCCGAGUGGUGGUAAACCGGUCUGAGAAUGAAGGCGAUUGGCCGGAUCCUGGCGUAUGCGCUAUUGGCAGCUGCAUUUACGAAAAAUGUGCUCGCAAUGAGUGCCGCGAAUGUCAAAUUUUCGCGAGACUACAACAAAUUCGCACCGUUCAACAUCACAAAACUCGAGUUGGUCUUGAAGUCGCUGAAUUUUGACGCCGGGGACCCUCGAAGUAUCCUGGACGGCAUGUUCAAAAGCGAAUCCAUGCAAGAAACUGAGCGUGAGGAGUCGCGCACUUUUGGGAACAAAAGAGUACAGUUUAUGCUGAUGCCGAUGAUGUAUAAAAUGGGAGUAAUGAUGACAAUGUUAAUGGUAAUAACGGCAAUCUCAGCGAAGGGACUUCUCAUAGGCGUUAUAUUGUUAGUGCUCAAACUUAGCACCUUUCUGGCGAAAUUGCAUUCCGGCUGGCAUGCACCGCAACCGUGGUCAUCACCGCAACCAGUUCACGUACAUGUUCACGGCACUUUUCCGCACGUUCAUCCGCAAAUGUACCAAAGCUGGGAACCGGCGAGCGGUCCCGCAUACGAGGACCCAUAUUACUACAAGGGAUAA